AUGCUCGCUCGACCUGCAGGACUCGCCGCUGCCAACUUGGCACGCGCUGCCGCACCAGCUGUGAGUAGGGAGGUCGUAUGAAAAACAGCGGACAGAAUGGCCUCGUUCGAGUGAGAUCGACGAGGAAGCCGAUCAGAGGGAUCUGCUCAGCUUCGGACAGGCCUCAAGCGACCAUUCCGUCGUCCGCCUUUACCUGCCAAUCCAGUGUGCUGAUGAACACGCUGACUUGUCGCCUCUCAGGCUCGCGUUGCGGCCCCUUCCGUCGCCUCGGCUGUUCGCACUUACGCGACGGCCAAGCCUGGUGAGUAGUCGUAGAUGCGUCCACAUUUCGGGUCUUGUGCUUACCAGUGUCUGCUUCGUUUCUUGCCUUGCAGCUGCCGCUGAAGUCAGCAGCAUCCUUGAGCAGCGCAUCUCUGGCGCAUCUUCCGGUGGUGAUGUUCAAGAGACCGGCCGUGUGCUGAGUGAGUACAUUCGCACUCUCGAGCGUGUCAACGACGCGCUUGUAUUGGGCGUCGUAGCAGGGCGGGCGGAUGGCAGGGCAGAUCGGCUCAAUAUUGCUUGCCAAGGGCGCGAGCAUUUGCUCAGGCGUGUGACUUGCGCUAAGAGUGCGAUGCGCACUUGUCAACUCGUACGCGGGUGAUGACCCGGCUCAACGCCGCUUGGAUACUACGAGCCGCCGCGUGCAAAAAGAGCUUGACGCAGCUUGCGAGCCGCUGCUGACAUGUGCAACGCUUCUCCUCUCUAGCCAUCGGUGAUGGUAUUGCUCGUGUCUACGGUCUCCGCAACGUCAUGGCCGACGAAAUGGUGGAGUUCAGCUCUGGUGUCCGUGGAAUGGCCCUCAACUUGGAAGCCGACAACGUCGGUGUCUCCAUCUUUGGAUCUGACCGUGCCAUCCGUGAAGGUGACACAGUCAAGCGUACCGGUUCCAUCGUCGACGUUCCCGUCGGUCCGAACAUGCUGGGCCGUGUCGUCGACGCCCUCGGUAACCCGAUCGAUGGCAAGGGCCCCAUCGAGGCCGCUGAGCGUCGCCGUGCCUCGCUCAAGGCACCUGGCAUUCUGCCCCGUCGUUCCGUCAACCAGCCCAUGCAGACCGGUAUCAAGCCCAUCGACGCCAUGGUUCCUAUCGGCCGUGGACAGCGUGAGCUGAUCAUUGGUGACCGUCAAACCGGCAAGACCGCCAUCGCUAUCGACACCAUCCUCAACCAAAAGCGAUGGAACGACGGAAAGGACGAGUCUCAGAAGCUGUACUGUGUUUACGUCGCUGUCGGACAAAAGCGUUCCACUGUUGCUCAGCUGGUCAAGACUCUCGAGGCCAACGAUGCCAUGAAGUACACCAUCAUCGUCGCCGCCACUGCUUCUGAGGCUGCUCCCUUGCAAUACCUCGCUCCCUUCUCUGGUUGCGCUAUUGGAGAGUGGUUCCGCGACAAUGGUCGCCACGCUCUGAUCAUCUACGAUGACUUGUCCAAGCAGGCCGUCGCCUACCGUCAAAUGUCCUUGCUGCUCCGUCGUCCUCCUGGACGUGAGGCCUACCCCGGUGACGUCUUCUACCUGCACUCUCGUCUCCUCGAACGUGCUGCCAAGAUGAACGAGAAGCACGGUGGUGGAUCUCUGACUGCUCUGCCUGUCAUCGAGACUCAGGGUGGUGACGUAUCCGCUUUCAUUCCCACCAACGUCAUUUCGAUUACCGACGGUCAGAUCUUCCUGGAGUCCGAACUCUUCUUCAAGGGUAUCCGUCCCGCCGUCAACGUCGGUCUGUCCGUAUCUCGCGUCGGAUCUGCUGCCCAGACCAAGCUCUACAAGUCCGUCGCUGGUAGCUUGAAGCUGUCGCUUGCUCAAUACCGUGAGCUUGCUGCCUUCGCCCAAUUCGGAUCCGACUUGGACCCUGCUUCUCGUCGUACCCUGGACCGUGGAGGUCGUCUCGUCGAGCUGCUCAAGCAGCCCCAAUUCGUUCCCAUGGCCACCGAGAUUCAGAUUCCCCUCAUCUUCGCAGGCACCUCUGGUCUCCUCGACUCGAUCCCAACCGACAAGAUCACGGCUUGGGAGGAAAGCUUCCUCGAGCACCUCAAGGGCAGCGGCUCCAGCUUGCUGGCCAAGGUCGCCGAGGGCAAACCCUCCAAGGAGCUCACUGCGGAAUUGACCUCCUUCAUCAAGGCUCACGUUGAGGGCUUCGCCAAGUAA